GGUUUUCCGUUUCCGGCGGAAGCCCCUCCCUGUUAGCUGUUAGCUUUUAGCUCUGCAUCCCGGACAGCAGAGCCAAAACACGGCAACGGAGCAGAUAAACCCGGUACAGCGGACGACAUGAGUCCCGAGGAGGACCAGAGCGAAGCCCGGUGACCAGACGGAGACUCUGCCGCCGCAUUAUCCAGUUUUCAGGACGAUGCCCUUGGGUUUUUCUGUGCUGCACUUCUAGAGACGGAACCGCUGAUCCGGGAUGGGUUUUGGUCGGGAUCUCAUCAACUCUCACGAGGGAUUGCUGAAGCUGCAGGACUGGGAGCUGAAGCUGCUGGAGACGGUGAAGCGCUUCAUGACGCUGCGGGUGAAGAGCGAUAAGGAGUACGCCGCCCUGCUGCUCAGCAUGACUCAGCAAACGGAGAAGCAGGAAGCCGCCGACUACGUGAGCACAGUCAGCAAGUCGUGGUCUCAGGUGAUCCGUCAGACGGAGGCGUUGGGUCACAUCAUGAGGAGCCACGCCGACGACCUGAACUCCGGCCCGCUGCACCGCCUCGCCACGCUGAUUCGGGACAAGCAGCAGGUGAAGAAGAGCUACCAGAGUCUUCAUCAGCAGCUGGAGAGCCACAACCACAAGGUAACCAAGAAUGACCUGGAGAAGCUGAAGGCCUCCUACCGUCAGCUGAGCCGCGAUGCCAACAACGCCAAAGAGAAGUACCGAGAGGCGUUGGCCAAAGGCCGCGAAGCAGAGCGGGCUCGCGAACGCUACGACAAAGCCACAGCGAAGCUCCAUAACCUCCACAAUAACUAUGUGUUGGCGGUGUGCGGCGCCCAAACUCAGCAGGAGAACCACCGCCAGCGGGCAGCGCCAGCGCUGCUUGAUGCGCUGCAGAGGAUGCAGGAGGACAUGACGCUGGCACUGUGAGUCACAUGACCCCCCCACUACGAGGAACAUCUAAUAUUUCUUGGUUUUUCAUGAUGCAGGACACAUUUCAAACAACAUAUUUCAAUAAUCUCCGAUGCCAUUUUAAAAUAUAAAAGCCUUUCAGCGCGACGUCCCCAUCGCCCUGCUGGAGGCAGAGAGCUGUCGACACAGAGCUAAAUCUGAAAUAUACACUGAUGUAUAAAAGCACAUUUAUGAAGUGCUUUGCUACUAGUAGUCAACAAUAUGACAAAAGUUUUAAUUAAGAGAACAAAGUAGUUCAGUUACGCCAGCUUGACUUUACAAUCGUCACAAGUAGAUGUGCUGCGUUUCGGUCCAGUUACAAUAGAAAAAAUGGCGACCGACAUUAACUAAUGUGUUUAAAUUAACUAAUCUAGCACGGCUAGUGUCGGGCUAGACCGACACUUCACCUGGAACUCAGCUGGCCGCCAUCUUGUUUCCUCUGCAGCCUGGGCAGGACGUUCAGGCUGGGAGUGGCUGGUGAUGCAUUCACAGGGUGUCGGAUAAAACAGUCGUCCCCAACCCCUUGGCCACGGACCAGUUGGUACCGGGGCUGCACAAGAAAUAAUUAAAUACUUCCGGAGGGUCUGGAGGUCUUUUAUUUUGAAAAUCCUUUAACCGGAUUCUCUCGG